AUGGCAUCUCAACCGUCGCAUGCCCUAGCAAAGCGGCCCGAUGGCCAGCUCAUGCCUCCACCUCCACCUCCCAAGCGGAUCAAACGUCCCGCAACCGCCCUCGAUGAAGAUGUCUACACCGAUGCCCUAUCGCAUAUCAUCGCUCGGGACUUUUUCCGGACUCAUGCCAAGCAGGAGUACCUUGAUGCCCUUGAAUCCAAAGACAAAGACUGGGUGACAAGUGCGAAACAGAAGCUCGCGGAUACCAUGCGAACUCCUACCCCCGGUUCGAAUGCGCGGCGUAGAACCGGCUCCGCAUCACUUCUCGCCACCCCCCAGCAUAUCCCGCCCGGCCAUCCAGACGAAACGCCCCGUGGGUGGGGAGGUGACACUCCUCUAUCGAUCGCCUCGACUGUCACUACCGCCACCGAAACCCGCGACCGCAAUGUUCCAGACGUAUCCAAUAUGGGGCUCAUGGCAUUCCAAGCCAAGUAUACCAGCGAAGAUAACGAGUCCUUUAACAAGGUACUCGACAAGCAAAAUGCAAAGCGACGAGAAAAGUAUGCAUGGGUGUGGAACAAUAACAAAAUUCCGACCGCCCGGCAAAUUGCACACCACCAACGAGAGGUGAAGCGCAUCACUGCACAGGGGGGUAAUCCAAACACCGAGCUGGUUCAACAGGAAGAUCUCACUCAACCCGCCAUCAAGACCGACCUUGAUGCACGCCCUGCCAGGCCCGAUGCCUGGGAGGCCCGACCGAAGAAUCCCCUCAUGUUCUUACCGUCAUCUGUCGAAGAUACGCACGAGACACGACAACAGAAAGCAGAGGUAUCCUCUCGAGCGGGUCCCAAGCGCGUCUUAUAUCAAAAUACACGACUCCUGGAUACCGAGGCGGCGGCCGCAGCGGACGCCGCGAGCAAAGUCCCUCCAUCUCCUUCCAUUUCCGCGAUCCGGGACGCUAUUGCCGGCAAACCUCACCUCGACGCCUCGGAGGUUGGCUCCGCGGUGGCCGGCAGCGAAACACCUCGUGUAAACGGAUAUGCAUUUGUGGACGAAGAUGAGCCUGAGCCUGAACCGACGGGGGAUUCAACGGAUGAGUCAAUGACAACUGACUGGAGUCUCCUCGGGUCUGCCGAUUCCACACCAAACCCAUUCCAGAUCAGCGAAUCCCGCAAACGUGAAGCCUUACACCACCGUCUGGUCGAUCGCGUCGCCCGGAACAAACGCGCCGAAAAAGCCGCCCGUAUCACCAAGACCCCGGUUCCGACCACCCCCCGUUUUGCCAGCAGUCCUCGGCUCGACUUCAACCUGCGUGGAUCAACGCCGACUGUCGGUUUGAAUUCGGGGCCACGGAAAAUGCUCACUCCCGCGGCGCAAAAAUUGCUGCAUCAAGUUGGUGGCAAUACCCCACGAUCUCCCUCCAACUCCAAGUCCAGUUCAGGAUUAGGCAACGUGUGGACACCGACGCCUCGAAGGAAGUGA